CAUCAUUCCGUCUAUCCUGCACUGUUGAGCUCCGCCUACUCCUGUCACAUGAUCCUCCCCACAGGUCCUUCAGCCUCAGUCAUAUCUUUAAUGCUAAACUUUGCCCCCAAAUGUACUGAUCACAUGAUUGUGACAUCAUCACAGGUCCUACACCUCCAGCAGAUACAGAGCAGGUCCUGUUGGGGCAGUCACUGCUGUUGUGUUGUGUGUGGAGAUCUCUCAGAGCAGCAGCCCCUGAUCAUAUGACUCCUCCUCCUCCAUGUGACUGAUCACAUGACGGUGACAUCAUCGCAGGUCCUGUAAGCACACGGCUCCUCUACAGAUACAGGUUUCUCCAAUCCAGGAUCCUCUGCUGAUAUCUUCUAUAUAAGAGAAUUCUCCUGGAUGACCCAUCAACCAUGGAGAGAGACAGGAACAAGAUGGCCGACAGGAUCAUAAACCUCACCCUACAGAUACUCUUCCGGCUUACUGGAGAGGAUUACACAGUAGUGAAGAAGUCCUCUAGUGGGCGCUGUUGGGCCCCUGAUUGUGAAGGAUGGGGAAGAACCCUAAGCCCAAUCCCGGGGCCCCCACCUCACUCCCUAAUACAUGAGGAAAUGGAUGAACAGAAGAUCCUAGAACUCAUCAACAAGAUGGUGGAGCUGCUGACUGGAGAGGUUCCUAUAAGGUGUCAGGACGUGGCGGUCUAUUUCUCCAUGGAGGAGUGGGAGUAUGUAGAAGGACACAAGGAUCAGUACAAGGAUCAGGUCAUGAUGGAGGAUCAGCAGCCCCUCACAUCACCAGUCAGAUCCAGUAAGAGAACAGCACCAGAGAGGUGUCCCCGUCCUCUUCUUCCACAGGAUGAUCAGGGAGAAGAUCCGAACAAUAUUAAUGCUCCAGAGACAGAUGUGAGCGGUGAAGAGCAGUAUAAGGAGGACAUUCCUACAGGAAGAGAUCUGAUCUAUAUUAAUGCUACAGACAUAAAGAAAGAAGAAGAGACAGAUAUGAGCAGUGAUGAGCAGUAUAAGGAGGACAUUCCUACAGGUAACCUCCCAGAUUCUUGUACCAGGAGAUCAGAGGAGAAUCUUAUAUCUUCAGAUUAUAAAGCAGAUGAUGAUAUCACACAAGAUACAUAUGAAGAACAUUCCAUUAUCCCAGAUACACCCUCAGCCCUUCACAGCCAAGAUCUGUCAUCUCAUCCUUAUAUACAGGUUCUGUCUUCUCACUCAUCACAGGAUGUUAAGGAAAAAGGUCACAGAAGGGGUGUUGGACACGUAAGAGAUCAUACAGGAAAGAAACCAUAUUCAUGCUCAGAAUGUGGGAAAUCUUUUACUCAGAAAUCAGGUAUUGUUACACAUCAGAGAUAUCACACAGGAGAGAAGCCAUUUUCAUGUUCAGAAUGUGAAAAAUGUUUUACUAAGAAAUCAGAUCUUGUAGUACAUCACAGAACUCACACAGGGGAGAAGCCAUUUUCAUGUCCAGAAUGUGGGAAAUGUUUUGCUAAGAAAUCAGAUCUUGUUAGGCAUCAAAGAACUCACAAAGGCAAGAAGCCAUUUUCAUGUUCAGAAUGUGAAAAAUGUUUUACUAAGAAAUCAGAUCUUGUAGUACAUCACAGAACUCACACAGGGGAGAAGCCAUUUUUAUGUACAGAAUGUGGAAAAGGUUUUACUAAGAAAUCAGAUCUUGUAGUACAUCACAGAACUCACACAAAAAAGAAGCCAUUUUCAUGUUCAGAAUGUGGAAAAUGUUUUAAUAAGAAAUCACAUCUUGUUGAACAUCACAGAACUCACACAGGGGAGAAGCCAUUUUUAUGUUCAGAAUGUGGGAAAUGUUUUACUCAGAAAUCAAUUCUUGUUGUACAUAAAAGAACUCACACAGGAGAGAAGCCAUGUUCAUGUUCAGAAUGUGGGAAAUGUUUUACUUUUCAAUCAAGUCUUGUUAGACAUCAAAGAACUCAUACAGGAGAGAAGCCAUUUUCAUGUUCAGAAUGUGGAAAAUGUUUUGUUCAGAAAUCAAAUCUUGUUCAACAUCAAGGAACUCACACAGGGAAGAAGCCAUUUCCAUGUUCAAAAUGUGGGAAAUGUUUUACUCAGAAACCGCAUCUUGUUGUACAUCAAAGAACUCACACAGGAGAGAAGCCAUUUUCAUGUUCAAAAUGUGGGAAAUGUUUUACUAAGAAAUCAAGUCUUCAUCAGCAUCAACGAGCUCAUACAGGAAAGAAACCAUAUUCAUGCUCAGAAUGUGGGAAAUGUUUUACUAAGAAAUCAAGCUUUGUUGAUCAUCAAAAAACUCACACAGGAGAGAAGCCGUUUUCAUGUUCAGAAUGUGGGAAAUGUUUUACUAAGAAAUCAUAUAUUGUUACACAUCAAAGAACUCACACAGGGGAAAAGCCAUUUUCAUGUGCAGAGUGUGGAAAAAGUUUUGCUGACAAAUCAGCUCUUGGUUAUCAUCAAAAAACUCACACAGGGGAGAAGCCAUUUCCAUGUUUAGAAUGUGGAAAAUGUUUUGCUCAGAAAUCAGAUCUUGUUAAACAUCAGAGAACUCACACAGGGGAGAAGCCAUUUUCCUGUUCAGAAUGUGAAAAAUGUUUUACUGAGAAAUCAAGUCUUGUUCAUCAUCAAAAAACUCACACAGGGGAGAGGCCAUUUUCAUGUUCAGAAUGUGGAAAAUGCUUUACUUGGAAAUCACGUCUUGUUAAUCAUCAGAGAACCCACACUGGGGAGAAGCCAUUUUCAUGUUCAGAAUGUGGAAAAUGUUUUACUGAGAAAGCAACACUUAAAAAACAUAUAAGAACUCACACAGGAGAGAAGCCAAUUCAGAGCAAUAUAUGAUGCAGAUAUCACAUCUAUAUAUUAACCAUGUACAUAGGAUAUCUGACAUUUAUACAUAUAUCAUAUACUGCAGGGGUUUCAAACUGGCGGCCCUCCAGAUGUUGCAAAACUUCAACUCCCAGCAUGCCUGUGAGGGGAGUCAGCUUGUUAUACGUAUUCAUAUAACCUUUUAUAAUAAUCCUUUUUAUGAUUAUACACCAUGUCUAUAGUCCACCAUCUUGUCUAUGUUCCUUCAUUAUGAAUUGAGUGUGAACUUUACCAGCAAUUAUAACCAGGAAACUUGUAAACAAGAACCACAACUGCUGAGCGUACAGAAAACUCCAAGGCUACUGAGUCUGGCUAUCAUACUUAUAAUGCAAUAUAAUUCGCGUUCGGGAGCUGGCAAGGAUGAUAGGGAUAGAAAUAACACCGAUUGUGGAGACCAGGGUAUGGUGACUCCUAGAAUGCUUUUCAUUAGCCCGGCGCAGGCAUACCAGAAGGGUUGGACAAUAGGGCACGUCCAUAGCACAUGAUACUGUGUGCCCCUGUGUCCACAACCUCGCCAACAUGUAUCUGGGACAGACUGGUAAAAAACAGCUAGCUUGUCUGGAGUAUGAUACCAGCGUAAGAUUGUUUUAUAGGCCGAUUCUACGUGUGAGGAGCAUUACGAAAAGCUUCAUGCCAGGUAGGCAUUGGAAAGGAUGUAUGUAGCUCCCUCUCCCACAUUCUCAAGGGGUAAGGUUUUGAAAGUGUGUUCGUUAGUAAUAAGGCUAAAUAUAUUGGUUUUAGACCUUUCUGUGGUGAUGUAAGUAAUCUGAUAGCUGAGCCAUCCAUAUUUCCCUGAGAAGGAUGUAGAUUCUGUAAGAGGUGCCUAAGUUGUAAGAACUUGUAAAAAUCACGUGGCGGGAUGUCAUACUUCAGGGUUAAGUCUGAGUAGGACAUCAACAUUCCAUCUAUGAGCAUGUGUCUAAGUUGUAGAAUGCCCUUCGCUAUCCAAGGGGAUAAAUCAAAAUUCGGGAUUUGACCUUUCAGGAAUGUCAGUGGUAAGUCAGUUCUCACCAAGGGGACUGGGUUCGCCAUAAGAGAUAGAAAAAAUGUCCAAGCCAUAUAGGAAGCCUUAACUAUAGGAUUGGUGAGUAAGGGGGGGGGUGUUCCAAUAUGGGGCGUAUAAUACAUCUUUUAGUCUAAAUGGGGCUACGUAAAAGUUUUCUUUUUGACCCAAGGGAGGGACGCUGAGUUGCACCACCAACGCUUAAUCAAAGCCACCAAUGUAGCCACAUAGUAGAAUUGUAUGUUCGGGGCGCUCAGACCACCAGCUAAUCUGGGGCGUGACAUAAUGUGCGAGGACAGCCUGGGUUUCCUGCCCGCCCAUAUGGUUUCAUAUUUGUUUAUUAGUUUAUCAAUUAUACAUAAUACACAAUACAAAUCAAACAACGAAAAAAGUUUUCCUGGCAAAACAGGUAAAGAAAAGAGAAGUACAAAACAAAAUACCAUAUAUCAUGUUAGACAAAGUAGGAAGAGUCUUUGAUCCCAAGGGCAUGGCAGACGCAUUCGCCAGCUAUUAUGAAACUCUGUAUAACUUAAAGGAUGACCAUGAGACCACUCAUCCAACUCCAGAAGUAAUAAACGAGUUCCUGGUGAGUGCAUCGUUGCCAUGUCUCUCUAGCAUACAAGCUGCUGAAUUAUCCUCCCCCUUUACUAGAGAGGAAGUUAAAAAUCAUAUCCGUCUUUUUAAAUCAGAUAAAUCUCCAGGUCCGGACGGGCUGUUAAAGGGGUACUCCGCCCCUA